UUAACUCCUCUCCAAUUGUUUUUCUCCUUUGGUUAAAAGCGGGGAGCAGGGCAAGAAAAGUCAAAAAAUAUGGAUUACAAGUUAGCAGCUCUGAAACUAACUUGCGUUCAACUGAAAGCCGCGCGUCAAAUACAAACAAACUCCCAAUCGCGCGCGUCACUCAACGGCAUCCUCUUCCAACGCGCUUGGCUCCAGGGCAUUCUGGUCACUUCACCCUCCGACGACGCCGACGGCCGGUACGUUCUCGACGACGGCACCGGCGUAAUCGAGCUCGUCUUGGUCGGCGACAUUAGCAAUCAUAAAUUUGAAACCGGGAUGUAUUUGAUGGUUGUGGGAGUGUUUUUGGUUCGUGACGGUGAUAUUCCGCUUCUUAAGGUUCACAAAGCUGUUGACCUUUCUGCAUUUCCAAACCGAGAGGUAAUGUGGUAUCUGGAAGUCUUGGAGGCUUAUAAACUUUUUUACCAGCCCCCUAUGGAGGAAUGAUCGAAUUUAUCUUAUGCACUAGAUCAAAUUUGGAUGUAGCUAAGAUUUGAGAUGGAUCAAUCAGUUUUUUUGUAGUUGAUGUCUUCUCCGGUGAUAAAAGUCAUCCAGUUGUAAAUGUAAAAUCCAAAGCAAAGCAAGACUGUGCUGGUGUUUCGUAUGCAAUUUUGUGCCAUUUACUCGAUUACUUGUAGUGGAAAUAUUUUUCCGUUA